GGUUGCUCUGCGGGCUGAAAAGUUUCUCCCGGUGCAGAAUUCCGGGCUCAGCGACAGCCUGCGCCGAGUGUGCGCACCUGUCGGUGACCCGCCCGUCCGCCGGCCACGGUGAGUGGUCCCUGGAGUCACUGGCUCAGGGCGGGCCCGCGGGACGGGGCGGGCGGCCCGGGGCGCAGCCGGCCAGGCCGUUGCUAUGGCAACGCGGUGGAAAAACGGGCCUCUGGGUAUCUCGCUGCCGGUCGGCUGGUGACCCCCCAGCGGAGGGACCGGGCCGAGCCCGCGGACCCCUCCGAGUGUCUCCUGGGGCCUAGCCGUUGGGACCCCAUUUCCCCCGGGUCCGGUAUUUGGGGUGGUCUCUGUCUGCCCCGGUUCAUCUCCACCGUCUCACCUUCACCCCAUCUUGGGACGUGAAACUUUUUGAAAGUUUAGAGCGAACUUACUGUGGGGCCUGAAGUUAAAUCAUUUUGGAAAGUGAUACAGCUCUCACGUGUGAAUAUGUGUCUAGUGCAUCCUUAACCUAAGGACUUCAGUUCGAAAUUACAGUUUUCACCAUCAACUACCUUAUCCUUUUUGGUCUGGUUUUCUUCCUCAAACAGUGGAAACAUUUUUAAAGUUGCUUUUGUUGCAGAGUUAAACAAAUGGCUGAUAGUGGCUUAGAUAAAAAAUCCACAAAAUGCCCCGACUGUUCAUCUGCUUCUCAGAAAGAUGUACUUUGUGUAUGUUCCAGCAAAACAAGGGUUCCUCCAGUUUUGGUGGUGGAAAUGUCACAGACAUCAAGCAUUGGUAGUGCAGAAUCUUUAAUUUCACUGGAGAGAAAAAAAGAAAAAAAUAUCAACAGAGAUAUAACCUCUAGGAAAGAUUUGCCCUCAAGAACCUCAAAUGUAGAGAGAAAAGCAUCUCAGCAACAAUGGGGUCGGGGCAACUUUACAGAAGGAAAAGUUCCUCACAUAAGGAUUGAGAAUGGAGCUGCUAUUCAGGAAAUCUAUACCUUUGGAAGAAUAUUGGGAAAAGGGAGCUUUGGAAUGGUCAUUGAAGCGACAGACAAGGAAACAGAAACGAAGUGGGCAAUUAAAAAAGUGAACAAAGUAAAGGCUGGAAGCUCUGCUGUGAAGUUACUUGAACGAGAGGUGAACAUUCUGAAAAGUGUAAAACAUGAACACAUCAUACAUCUGGAACAAGUAUUUGAAACGCCAAAGAAAAUGUACCUUGUGAUGGAGCUUUGUGAGGAUGGAGAACUCAAAGAAAUUCUGGAUAGGAAAGGGCAUUUCUCAGAGAAUGAGACAAGGUGGAUCAUUCAAAGUCUCGCAUCAGCUAUAGCAUAUCUUCACAAUAAUGAUAUUGUACAUAGAGAUCUGAAACUGGAAAAUAUAAUGGUUAAAAGCAGUCUUAUUGAUGAUAACAAUGAAAUAAACUUAAACAUAAAGGUGACUGAUUUUGGCUUAGCGGUAAAGAAGCAAAGUAGGAGUGAAGCCAUGCUGCAGGCCACAUGUGGGACUCCUAUCUAUAUGGCCCCUGAAGUUAUCAGUGCCCACGACUAUAGCCAGCAGUGUGACAUUUGGAGCAUAGGCGUCAUAAUGUACAUGUUAUUACGUGGAGAACCACCCUUUUUGGCAAGCUCAGAAGAGAAGCUUUUUGAGUUAAUAAGAAAAGGAGAACUACAUUUUGAAAAUCCAGUCUGGAAUUCCAUAAGUGACUGUGCUAAAAGUGUUUUGAAACAACUUAUGAAAGUAGAUCCUGCUCACAGAAUCACAGCUAAGGAACUACUAGAUAACCAGUGGUUAACAGGCAAUAAACUUUCUUCGGUGAGACCAACCAAUGUAUUAGAGAUGAUGAAGGAAUGGAAAAAUAACCCAGAAAGUGUUGAGGAAAACACAACAGAAGAGAAGAAUAAGCCGUCCACUGAAGAAAAGUUGAAAAGUUACCAACCCUGGGGAAAUGUCCGUGAUGCCAAUUACACUUCAGAUGAAGAGGAGGAAAAACAGUCUACUGCUUACGAAAAGCAAUUUCCUGCAACCAGUAAGGACAACUUUGACAUGUGCAGUUCAAGUUUCACAUCUAGCAAACUCCUUCCAGCUGAAAUCAAGGGAGAAAUGGAGAAAACCCCUGUGACUCCAAGCCAAGGAACAGCAACCAAGUACCCUGCUAAAUCCGGGGCCCUGUCCAGAACCAAAAAGAAACUCUAAGGUUCCCUCCAGUGCUGGACAGUACAAAAACAAAGCUGCUCUUGUUAGCACUUUGAUGAGGGGGUAGGAGGGGAAGAGGACAGCCCUAUGCUGAGCUUAUAGCCUUUUAGCUCCACAGAGCCCCGCCAUGUGUUUGCACCAGCUUAAAAUUGAAGCUACUUAUCUCCAAAGCAGCAUAAGCUGCACGUGGCAUUAAAGGACAGCCACCAGUAGGCUUGGCAGUGGGCUGCAGUGGAGAUCAACUCAAGAUGUACACGAAGGUUUUUUAGGGGGGCAGAUACCUUCAGUUUAAGGCUGUGGGCACACUUGCUCAUUUUUACUUCAAAUUCUUAUGUUUAGGCACAGCUAUUUAUAGGGGAAAACAAGAGGCCAAAUAUGGUAAUGGAGGUGCCAAAUAAUUAUGUGCACUUUGCACUAGAAGACUUUGUUAGAAAAUUACUAAUAAACUUGCCAUAGGUAUUACAGCAGAAGUGCUUCAGUCAUUCACAUGUGUUCGUGAGAUUUUAGGUUGCUAUAGAUUGUUUAAGACAGCUUAUUUUAAAUGUAGAAAAAUAGGAGAUUUUGUAACUGCUUGCCAUUAACUUGCUGCUAAAUUCCCAAUGUGUUGAUUAAAUCAAUAAAAAACAGAUGUUACUCA